AUGAGUUCAAAAGAUAUAAGGUACUUUGAUUUAAGAAAUAUUUAGAAAGGAGAAGAAUGUUUGUAAAAUGCUUUGGGAGAUAUAGUAUAAAUAGCGGACAAAUCUCAAAUAAUUAUGGGUCUUUUAAUGGUUGAUACAGAAUGCGUCUAGGAAUUAAGAAAAAUCUUUUUAGAUAAAAUGA